AUGGUGGGAACUGUGGGAAUUAUUGUGGGAACUGUGGGACCUGUGGGAAUGGUGGGAACUGUGGGAAUGGUGGGAACUGUGGGAAUGGUGGGAACUGUGGGAAUGGUGGGAGUUGUGGGAAUUAUUGUGGGAGCUGUGGGACUGUCCCCUGUGGUUUCCCUUGGGGCUCCAAAAAUCCCUUGGGGAGGCCAAAUCCCUGGGGAUCCUGGAAUUCCUGGUACUCCCAGGAUCCCUGGUGGUCCUGGAAUCCCUGGGGGUCCUGGAAUUCCUGGGGGUCCCGGAAUCCCUGGGGAUUCUGGAAUC